AUGGCGUGGGCUCACGGUAGGAGCGCCGGGGCCUUCGCCUUGUCUCUGUUACUCAUGGGCGGCGCCAUGGUGGUUCUUCCCAUGCUGCUGCAAGUCAAGAGCAAGGAGGGGACGAGAGAUGAGCUGCUCGUGCUCAGUGGAAACCCUGCAUGGCUUGCCCGCACGCGCACAUCGGUGGAAGACAAGUUUGCAGAUCUUGAGGGCAGGAUAUUGAGCGACUCCUCCAAGCAGAACGAUCUCCAGUUGGACUCAGAUGCUUGGAGAGACAACCUGAAGAAAUCUGACAAGGAGAUGCUGGAGGAUGUCGAGUCUCUGGAGAAAAAGAGGAGGAAAGUCGCCGAGCUCGUGGCACAAGUGAAGAGGCUGAUGCACACACCCGGCCCACCUGGCCCUCCAGGCCUUGCAGGCCCAAUGGGUCCUCCUGGACUUGAUGGCCCCACUGGACCUCCUGGGCAGGCGGGACCUCAAGGUUUUCCUGGACGAGAAGGGCCUGCUGGUCCUAUGGGCGUGCAGGGAGUGCCCGGAAGGUCCGGAGUCAAUGGAGCUCCCGGACCCAACGGAAGGUCUGGCCUCAGGGGCCCCGUGGGACCUCGGGGAGCGAUUGGUGCGAUUGGCCUGAGGGGCGAGAGAGGGGCGCGAGGCUUGCCUGGCCCUGCGGGAAUGAAGGGCACGGACGUGGUUGGGCCCAGGGGACCUCCGGGACCCACUGGCCCUCCUGGAAGGUGGGUCGUGUGUGUUCCGGGUCAAAAAGGAAUGCCAGGCUUCAUGGGGAGAGAGGGACCGGAGGGUGUACCUGGCCUCGCGGGCCCGUCCGGCAGGGAUGGACAAGAAGGAUCUCCUGGUGCCCCUGGCGAGGCAGGCCUGCCUGGUACCUCCGCAUGCUCUCCGCCUUGUCACCGGCGC